UCAUUUCUUUGUCAUUGGGCAAACGUACAAAAUCAGCAGGGGAUCAAAUACUUUUUUCCCUCACUGUAGUUGCUAGUUUCUGCUAUUUUACUGAGCGCCCCUCCAGGUUAACUGUGCUUUCAAUUGUAUAUUUUAAUAUAUUUUGUAUUUUAUUCCUGGAAACUAUCGGAUAAGCUUGAACAACUCUUGGAACAAUUGUGAUUUACUUGACUGUAUUUCGCAAACUGCAACACAAUUGUAAUACAUUUUGUGUACGCCUACUGUCUGUUGUUUUUGGUCUACCUGUUCUUGAGAAAAAAAAUGGUUCCCUAAAAUGAACACAUUUUGUCCAGAAAUAACCUCUUCGGAUUGAAAGGGGAUUAGCCUACCUAUUUCACCACACAACCGAAGUUCCAUCAAAGAGAGAAUGGAUACUUUAAAUCAUUGGUUCCCAAUUAGGGGUACUAUGACCCAUAGGGGUACUUGAGAAGAAUAGACCAUAGGCCUACUGGUAAAAUGCAAAUGAGGGGGUACUCUGGGCAGAGCAAAAUUCAGUUGGCGGUCCAGUAACCGAACAAGUUUGGGAACCACUGCAGUGUACGUGGUUCGUGUAAUGGAAAUGAAACUCCGUGGGUCCAUCAGGUUCCGUGGUGUAAAAUAAAUCUAGCACUCAUGACAUUGGCGCCCCCAUGUGGAUAUAGCCAAUCAGAACGCUGGAUAUUUGUGGCGCUUUCUAUUAAUUUGAUAUUUUCAAUUGUAGGCAUCUACUUAAUAUAUGUUAUAUUGGGUAUGUGAAUAAAUACUUUACAUUUCUCCUGUAAUUGAGGUUUUUGUUUAGAAACAAAAAUUCCAUCAGGCACUUUCUCUGGCACCUCAUGUAAGCGCGCGCGUUCGCUGGACAACUUUGAAUUACGGAAACGAGUGAAGUGAACCAAAACUCUCAGUGAACUGUUUACAUUCGGCAAAACACGUUAAGUCAGUGCUCGUUAUUGUACAACUUUCUAAACGUAUCUAUUGUUAGAAAUUGCGUAAUUCAAAUCUGGUAUUGGAAUAAGAAUCAAGAGAUCUUCAAUCCAAGCUUACGAAAAUACGUCUCACCAUGUCUCAGAGCAACGGGUUUCAGGACUGUAUGGACACGGGAGAGGCGAUGGUCCAAAUACUGAAAAGCAGCAAAGCUGACGAUAAAUUAAGAAUAGUGAGAGAAAAACAGCAGUGUUUCUUUGAGCAACACUGGGACACGAAGAAAACCAUCACACAGAUGUUAAACGAUGUAGUUCAGUGUGAGGACAAGGCGAGCAAGAAGCUGCUGGACAUGGAGGAGCAGAAGAGCCAGGUAGAGCGGGAGCUGGACAGCCUGGAGCAGGAGCUGCAGCAGUGUACAGCAAAAAGCCAGGACAUGGACACAGAACUACAGUUCCUGCAGAGGGAGCUGGAGAAUCUGCGUGACUCAGAGCAGGAGCUGCAGACCCUGCAGCAGGAGGUUGAUGAUGACACCACUGAGGUCAUCCCAUCAGCCAUAUACGUGGCCCAGUUGUACCACAAGGUGACCAAGAUCAAGUGGGAGUAUGACACGGAGCCACACAUUCUGAGAGGAGUGCACUAUGGAGCUGACCUGGCCACACCCAUCAACAUAGACACCUCUGUGCGGUCUCGGUGUUCAGUCAGUGAUGAGCUGUGGAACUUUGUCGGCACUGAAUGGUAGAAGAGAUCAAAGGAAAGUUGCCACAUCUGUCCAGUUGUUUGUCCUGUAGUUGGAUUUUCUGUUGGAUUUAUGUAUUGUGUGGCGCAGUGGUCUAAGGCACUGCAUCGCAGUGCAAACUGUGCCACUAGAGAUCCUGGUUCGAAUCCAGGCU